AUGGAGGCGUUCCAGGAUCUGGAGGUUUGGCGGAAAGAAGCCAGAGAGGCCUUGCAGAAACGCACCCAAACAUGCCGGGAACAGCUAAGCCGGCUAGAUCUCGAAGCGGAGCCGUCUGGUGCUGGCAAAGGACAGGCGGGGGAGCUUCCCCACCUGGAGAACAAUCCGAUUGAUAGUGGAAAGGCGCCCGUGCGGCGGUGGAGCACCAGCAGGCUCCCGCAAUACAAGCAGCUGCACGCGCACCGGGCGAGGACGUCACCAAGGACAGAGCCGCCGAGGCUGUCUCCAAACCCCUUUGCAGCUCGCCCUGUGCAGAAGCCCCGAUCCCGGGGUCCGACUCCCCGAUCCAGUAAAGAAGAUGAGGGGCGCAGGAAGACGCUGGCGGAGCAGGCACCAUCUCGCAGCCUAGUGCGGGCCAGGACCCAGCCAGGGCCUUGGCGCAGGGCAUCUGAUCGGGCCAAGGAGUUUCGGGCCAACAAGGCGGUGACUCCUCUCCGCGAGGCACGGCGUGCCCUGGAAGCCCUGGCCUCCGCUGCACUGGCUGCGACCCUUCGCUGCUCUCGGAGCCAGGAUCUGACAUCCUCCUUGCUUCGAAGGGUUCUUGCUGAGUCUGCGGAGCUGGAGCAGCUUGCAGAGCUGCUGCGCGCACCCUCCACAGCCUCCACAGCCUCCUCCACGGCCUUGACUGCCCAUGCUCGGGUGGUGGAGAUCCUCGAGGAGGCCAAGGAAGCCAACCGCCUCCUUGGCCAGGCGCUGAGGGCACUGGGCACGGAGGGACGCCGCUGGGGCCCAUGCAGGCAGCCGAGCUCGGACCAGGGGCUCUUAACGACAGAGACACGCCGGGAGGAAGCUGUGGAGGCCAAGCCAGGGACUCCGACAGGUCCGGAGGAAGCAAAUGCCAGGUGCACUGUGAUGGCGGCGCUCAAUGAGUUAGUGUCUGGAAUGCGACAAGCACUGGACGACAUCCAUCAGAUGCGGCAACAUGCUGUGAGCAAGCCAGGAAUUCAGCCAGAGGGAAUCCGGUGCGACUAG